GUACAACAUGGCGGACAAAACGUGAUAAUUUAUUAUUUUCAAGAGGUAAUUUGUGUAAAAUGGGUAAGAAAGGUAAAACUAGUGUUGGUAGGGCUGUAUUAAAACAUAGAAGUAAAGGAGGAAAUCUGGGAAAAGGCAAGGAAAGUUGGGUAUGUGUUACAAUUUACAAGUAAUUUACUCUAUAAAAAAAUAGAAUAUUAAUACAAAUCUACAGUAUUAAAUGGUAAAAGUGACGGUAAUGUCUUGAAUUAAUUGUUAUAAUGAUUUCUUAUCGUUUCUUUGAAAUGAGUUAAAAUUGAAGGUAAGGAUGAAAAUUUUGUUUUAAUACCAAUUCCCAAACAAGACAAGGGGUUCCCCUCCCCCACCUCCCUUAGGGACGGACCAUUAUUUUUUUGGAGGGGGGGGGGAUGGACAUUUCGUCAACGCAAACAAUUUUUUUUGGUGCUGUUGUCGUUGCAAACAAUUUUUUUGCGCCUGCUUCCUUCUGCAAACAAUUUUUUUGUCCAUCUGAUUGCUGUGGAUUACAUUAUAAAUUGAUAUAUAUAGUUUAAUUUGUGCCUGAUUACACUAUUGCAUGUGUAAUCAGGGCCGUAGGAAGCUCUUUUCGAUUGGGGGGGGGGCUGAAAGCGAGGACCGAAGAUCCGAGGAAAUUUUUAAAUUUAGAGUCUCUGAAAUGCCAUUUCCUGGACUUUGGGGAAGAUUUGACAGAAUUCUGAUGGUCAGAAAACAGCGAAAUUUACAAUUCUGUAGUACUAAACUUUAUAUUGGAUAAGUUGCAGGAAAGUAUGGGUAAUAUCUUCAUUCUUUGCAGUUUGUCAUGAAUUAAAUGAUAAACGUCUGCAUGAUUUUGAAAAAUGAAUAAUUAUUAGCAAAUUGUUGUGGGGUCUGCAGCCCCCCCCCCCGGUUGCUAUGGCGCUGGUGAUCGAACAACAUGUGGUGUUGUCAGAAGUAUAAAUUUAAUAUGUAAACAGACAUUUAAUAGUUUUUUUGGUAUACUGGUCUGGGCCUUUUUUAAAGAUUUUCCCGUGUGAGGGGGGGGGGACCUUUCUGUGAGAUAAUAUAUUAGAGGAGGAUAGGAAUGGCUGACAGCCACAGGGUCUGGGGGCAUAUUUCCCCAGAAAAUUUUUGAAAUUUGAAGCCCUGAAAUGCCAUUUCCUGCAUUCUGAGCAUUUAAAUUUGCUCUAAAAUUUAUGCUAAGUAUACUUGUAUUUGAAAUAAAAGAAGGAAAAAACGCACAAAAAAUAAAAAAUUAUUAACAAUAAUUUAUCAUCAUUACUUAGUGCCAGGUAGAAAAACGUAACAAUUUAAAUCGAUUUUGUUAAACAAGGAGAAAGGAUAAAGCCUAAAACUUACUUUUUGUUUAUCAAUUUGUUAUUUUUCGCUGGUUUGUUUGUGUAAAUUUAGGAAAAAGGGACUUUCCUGGGGGCACGAAAAAUGGAUGUGAGUGCUGAUGAUAAACUGGGAUAUUUUUUUCAUGGCCUUAAGCCCAUUCUCCACUAGGCGAAUUUGUUCGCACGAACAGUAAUAAAGUAGGAACUGAUCCAACAUUUUUGUGGCGAAUUGUUUUUGCUGACCAAUCACAUUGCCAAGAUUUGUUUUUCGCUUUGCGUCGCGCGAAAAAAUUUGCCUAGUGGAGAACUGGCUUUAGUGUGAAUUUUAUAAAUUUUGGGGUUCUGCAUAGAUCAGGCCAUAUAAAAUAAAUUCCUUGAUUCUCAUCGCUAAAUUUUAAAAACUCCCAGGAGGCGGGAGGUUUAUAUUUUAUAUUUUAUUUCAAAAUAUAAAAAAAAAGUUUAAAAUUUAAAAAAUUGGAGAGGGAGGUCUUUUUAUAUUUGCCCUUAAAUAUAUUAUAGAAGAACGCUGUAUAAGUGGAUAAUUGCACAUGUGCUAAUGAACAUGCAUAAGGGUCCACACAAAUCGUUGUAAUAAGGCUAUAAGCCCAUUUUUUCCUUCAGUAUUCCAAGCAUCCCUUAACAUGUUGCAAUAUUAACGGUAAAACAAUUUUAUAUCGCAAAAAUUCCAAUAUAAAAUAUAAAAAUAACUAAAUCUCUGAAGAUGCUCGGUCGGGCGGUAAAUUUAUAUUUUAUAACAAAAUACAAAAAUAUAUCAACGCGGAAACCAAAAUAUCGUCGGACGGUGAUGAGAAUCAAGGAAUUUAUUUUAUAUGGCCUCACAGUGUAGUUAUAAGAAACCACUGUUAAGCCCUGAGCAAACUAGGAAACAUUGUUGCGGAAACAUUGUUUCCUACCAAUGUUUCGCCAUGUUUCCCAGAGUGGGCAAACACUAGGAAACAUUAGUGAGAAACAUCAAAUGUUUCUGAAUUCGCUAGGAAACAUUUUUGCUUCCCAGGAAGCAAAUUUUGUUUCUGCAACAAUGUUUCCACGGGUGGGCAAACAUGGAAACAUCGAGAGUCACAAAUGUUUCCGCAACAAUGUUGACUAGUUUGCCCAGGGCUUUAUUGAUACUUGAAAAUUACUAGCCUGCAAAUUUCAAAACAUGUUGACAUUUGGAGUGUUCAAAGCCUUCCACUUCCAGCAGUUAUACUAGAUAGAUAGAUCGAUAAAAACUUUGAUAUUUGUGUGUGUUGGUGUUAUGUACUCAGGUGAAUAUGAUGUUUGUGAUGUUACUCUGAGUGUGCAUCCAGACCAGGCAAGCUGAAAAGUUUGCUUGGCCACGGUGGGAAUCGAACCCGCGACCUUUGGGAUACUAGCUAGUCCAAUGCUCUGCCAAUUGAGCUAUGUGGUCAAGUCGGUUCAAGUUGAUGAUAUUUCAUCAGUUCCUGAGUCUAGUUCCUUCAAUAUCAGUGUAUUCUAAGGAUAUGAUAUUUGUGUGUGUUGGUGUUAUUUAUACAUGCUCACUCUGUCAACGGCGUGAUACGCUAUAAUGAAGGACCUCCAAAUGUCAUUGUCUUUAGUAUCAAUCUAUUCCGGGCUAGUGUAAGUGUGUACAACAAUGUGUUCAUUUAUUUUUAUAGUUACAUACCAGUGAGCUAAAUGAUGGUGAAGAAUUAAAUACAAAGUCUGUGACAGAGCAAAGUACUUUGGAUGAGUUUCUGGCAACAGCCAAGUUGGCUGGCACAGAAUUUGUUGCAGGUAUAAUUGUGUUGAACCAUAUCUUUCAGAUGAGCAUGGAGCCACCUGUGGAACUGUCUAGAUAUAUACCAAUAUUUGUCCCUUAAUCUGACCCUGCUGUAUCAAACUAAUAGUUUCUUUCUUUAGAAAAGCUGAAUAUAAGUAUAUGCAAUGCAGAUCACAGUGGGGGUUUGCCGUCCAGGAAAGAAGAACAGCGAAUACAAGAAGUACAAGAUCAACACAGACAGUUCUUGCAGAUUCCAAGAAGGUACAUAGAUUAACCUAUUAAAGCACAAGACUCUCCAAUGAUGAGAGAAUUGUCUGGCAUUAGACAGAGUAAAAUAAUAAAGUAGGGGACAAUGCAACACAAUGGAUUAACUAGACACAUGGAUAGAUAGGCCAGUUAACCCACUAAGCACCAGCGCUCUCCCCUUGACAAGUAAAAUCGUCUGGUGUUAGACAGAGUAAAAUAAUAAAAUAGGGUGCAUCAGGGUACAUUUCCACUCAAUGGGUUAACCCAUUAAAGCACAAGACUCUCCCUUUGACAAGUAACAUCAUCUGGCAUUAGACAGAGUAAAAUAAUAAAGUAGGGCACAUUGGGGUUUAAUGGGUUAAGUAGACACAUAGACAGAUUGAGCACCAGUGCUCUCCCCUUGACUAGAAAAGUCAUCUGGUGUUAGACAGAGUAAAAUGGUAAAAUUGAAUGCAUUGGGGUGCAAUGUAACUUAAUGGGUUGAGUAUCUUUUUAGACCUAAAUGGGACGAAAGGACAACUCCUGAACAACUAGACCAACUGGAGAAAGACAAUUUCUUGGCGUGGAGAAGGUCCUUAGCUGAGUAUGUUCUGAUUUUUGAAUUAUUUUAUGAAUAAACUUGUUGUUAUAUAGAUAUAGAUAUUUCUAAGUGGUAACACACACAUGCCGUUUGUAGAUUGCAAGAAAAAGAUGAUCUAAUUCUUACACCUUUUGAAAGAAAUCUUGAAUUUUGGAGACAGCUGUGGAGAGUUAUUGAAAGAAGGUAUUGUUAUUUUCAUUAAAUAAGAAACAAACUUGUGUGUGGUAUUCAUGUAUUAUUUAAUUUAUACAGCGAUGUUGUGGUGCAAAUUGUUGAUGCCAGAAACCCAUCACUGUUUCGUUGUGAAGAUUUAGAAAGCUAUGUGACGGAAGUCAACAGUCAUAAAGUGAAUGUCUUGUUGAUUAAUAAAGCUGAUUUUCUUACCCAGAAACAAAGGUAUGCAACCUAUCACCUAAACAUACAAGGAUAUAGCAUAAGCUGUACCCAAAGCAACACCCAUUGGCCACACCCUGUUUUCUAAUUGUUCAGAAAAUUUACUUUAGAGAGACUUGGGCUACCUAUUUCAAGAAUAUCAAUGUAAAAGCUGUAUUUUGGUCAGCAGUUUUUGAGACAGAAAGACUAAAGCAAAUGGUAUGGUAUACAGUGUACUUUUUGUUACAGCAAAUGAGUAACACCAUAAUUGUAGCAUCUUUACAUGAUUGUGUUUUGUAUCAACAUAUACUGUAUUCAUAUGCCAUUUUCCAUUUUAGAAAGAGCUUGAAAAGAUUGAAACACUGCCAUCACAGCCUGAAGUUGUUGGAGAAACACCAGAGGCAGUUUUAACUGAUAGCCAUGUGACACAAUUUCUUAACUUGAAACAAGACCCAGACAGCACUGAAGUGAAUGGUCAGCCAUCAUCAACAGAUGACCAUGAACUAGAUUUUGAUGGUCAAAGAAGAAUUAGCAGUUCUGAAAGAGAUGGUAUCAAACAUGACUAUACAGAAUUAAGUAGCCCUAUGGAGAGUGAUACAAUGGAAAAUAAUAGUCCACACAGUGUUGACUCUAUGAGAAAUUGGUCUGCAGAAAGUGUCCCUAAGGAAAGUAGCGCUACAAAAUAUGACACUAUGAGAAGUAGCCUUAUGGAAAGUGACACUUUGGGUGAUGACCCUAGUGAAACCACCCAAAAUGACCCAAAAGGAAACGAAAAUGUUGAAAACAACACUAAAAAAGGUGACACAGGCGAUUGGGAAAUGCCUAGCAAUGCAAACUCAUUUAGAACAUCCAAUGACAACCAAAUGCAACAGAUUACAUCAUCCAAUAUUCCAAGUGAUGUCCCAAAAAUUGAUCAACUAAAUUUGUUACCUGGGGAUGUUAUAAGUCAAGAUUGUAGAGAGGGUAUAUCAGUUAAUGUAGAUUCUGGCUCUUCAGGUGGAGUAGUUGGUGGUAUAAGUGUUGAAAAAUCUUUACAUGAAACAUAUAAAAAUGAUGGUAUUAUUACUGACAUACUCUCAAACCUUGAUGCGUUGAGUGAUGUUAGAACUGGUGAAAAACCUGGAAAUGAUUCUAGUACUAAUGAUAUGGCUAUAGCUGGCAAGAAUGUUGAAUUUUACACAAGUGGUCAUUUAUUGACUGGUGAAGAGCUACUGGCAUAUUGUCAGUGGUUACACCGUCAGUAUGGUGGCCGUGUGGAGACUGGGAAGGAGGAUAAGGAACAACAAACUGUGAUUGGUUUGGUAAGCUGUCAAGCUCAAAUUGUCAAACUCUACGUUUCCCUGAAUGUUUUCCGUUUGCCAGUCCUUGGAAACAUUCUUACAGAAACAAAAUUUGAAAUUCAGAAAUAUAUUUUCUUUUGGAGAUUUUCAUGCAUCUUUGCUCAAAUUUAUAGGUUGGAUACCCGAAUGUUGGCAAGAGUUCCACCAUCAACGCGAUCUUACAAGCCAAGAAAGUUCCUGUAUCAUCUACACCUGGACGAACAAAACAUUUUCAGGUACAAUAUUUAGAGAAACAUAAGACUAAAAAAGUUAAGAUUGUGCGAUGAGUACUUACCGUCCAUACUGGUUAGUUUCAGUCAGGGCAUUAAGUGGUAUUAAACUACAUCUUCCAUUUAUAUUUAUUUGCCACCAGACUACUACAAAACUACUACAUACACUGAAAAGAAUUAACAUUAUUUUCUCACUCUGAUAACUGCUAGUUGACCAGCAUAUCCAUACAUGGGCACGGCACGCCAUUUUCAAGUCGUCUUUGACAUCGUCGAUCUAAAUUUGUCAUUGGACAGAUUUAGAUCGCAGACGUCAAAGACGACGUGAAAAUGGCGUGUUGUGCCCAUGUAUGGAUAUGCCACGCCAUUUUCACUCGUCGUCUUUGACGUCCUCGAUCUAAAUCUGUCUAUAAAUGACGAGUUUCCUACAUAGAUAUCUUAUAUACACUAGAUAGCGCAUCUCUUUUAGUAAAUUGAAGCCAAGAAUAUUCCAGUGGUUACCUCCAUGGCCCCAUUUGAAUAGAUGGCGGCCAUGUUGGAGUUUCCCACUCGCUAAUAAACGCUUAAAAACAACAGUAACUUUCAUCAUUUGAAUAGUUUAGAAAUGCAUUUGGAAUAGGGUUAACUUAAUGUUUAAGUUCCCUGUUUAAGAAAUAGAAAACAUACGAAUCUUCUCAUUUCAUGGGAACGACCUGAGACUGCAAUCAUGGCUUCAAUUUUUGAAUUGCAGAAUAAUUAGAUGCACUAUCUAGUGUAUAUAAGAUAUCUAUGGUUUCCUAAUACUUCUAGACUCUUCUCGUGGACAAAGCAAUCUGUCUCUGUGAUUGUCCUGGCUUGGUCUUUCCAUCAUUUGUAUCAACAAAAGCAGAAAUGGUGAUCAGCGGUAUUUUACCAAUAGAUCAGCUCAGAGAUCACGUGCCUCCUGUGGCACUCAUAUCCUUUUAUGAAGCUGUCUUCCCAGACGACAUUGAGGCAGAGGUCCUUCCUUCAUCUCUCAAGGAUUUUAUUGUGUUGAUUUGA